CCCAAGGAUUGGGGACUGAGUACGAAGAUGAAGUCUGGCAUCGAAAGCCAACUGACUGGAUUUAAAAUACAUAACGGCAUCUUAUUCAUCACACGUUCAUCUUCGACUUCGUAGUUGGUCGCGCCUCAACAGAUUUCAACAUUUCUAGAUCUUUUCCUCAACUAAACAAUGUGGCGCUGACAACGAGACCGAUACAUGUCACAGUUUGUCUUCCGUAACGCAACAGAGAUUCAUUGACAUGCAAAUUUGAGGCAAAGUUGUCGCUGUGGCUUUGUUCGACUUUGCAUUGUCCUAAUUUGAAUAUGACAAGACGCACGCGACUUUGAAACGACAUUUUCGAACGACAAACACCUUACGACUGCCUCUAUGGUCUGUCCAUAUCGAUGGCCCGCCUGAACAGAGAAGAUCGAAAUUUAACGGGUUCACUACCUGAUUUAAAAGCUUCAGUAAAGGCCACAGAGCACCAAACCAAAGUUGUCGACAGAAAGAUAUUCGUUGUUGAAACCCAUUUCCCGAAACUCGCAGCUAUGCUUCAACGAUACGCAGUGGGAACAGCGAAAUUACGCGACAAAGGAGACGAGCUUUCAAAAACAAUAACGGCUUAUGCUGAAGAAGAAUCGCCGUCAAUGAAACAAGGGUUAAUGACUUUGUCCGAAUGUCUAUCGGCCAUUCAAGAUCAACGAGACGCUGAAGUCAGUCGACUAGAAGGGAAACUAGUUCAAGGUUUCAGCGUGUACGACACAAAAUGCAAGCAAGCGAGGAAUGACGUCAGGGUCAGUUCUUCGCUCUGCACGAGAGAGGUGAAAUCAUUUGAGAGCCUCGAAAAAGCCCAGAUGAAAUCCACAGACCGAACAAGAAUUGCGAGAGCACAGGCAGAAUUUCAGAAGGCGUCUGGCGAAGCGAAUCGUUCCCUGCGGGUUCUACGCGAACAAAUGAACGAGUUCGAAAGCCAAAAAAUGCGAGAUGUUAAACAGAUUUUAUCGGAGUUCGUGGUUGGUGAAAUGGAGCUCUUAGCCCGGUCUAUGGAGUUGUAUACCCGCGCUUAUCAAGGCUUGAUGAAUAUAAGUGAAGAUGAUGAUUUAGGAGAGUUUAACAAAUCCAUGACUUUCAAACCACCCCAAUGGGGGUCGGCUCCAACUUUGUCCAACGUUGGACGAUACAAUAAUGCAAAUGCUAUGGAUAACAUGCUGGAAGAGGUCGAAGAUGAAAGCGACGACUUAAAUCGUACAAUGUAAAUACAAGUUAUUAACAGAAAAAGCAUUAGGAAACAUUAUUUAUCUUAAAAUUAAUGCAUGUAUAAAUGCGCAUAAAUUAAAGUUAAGGUAUAAAGUUAGCUAAAGUUAUUCAAGAUUGGCGUCUCUAUAUUAAUUAAUUCAUAACAUAGGUUUUUAGUUAGCUAAAUAGAAGACAUGAGCCAAGUUCAUGAACAAUACUCUCUAUUUAUCUUACAAAAACUGUAAAUGGUAUAUUAUUAUUAGCCUUAUAAGAAAAGCAAAUAAAGAUCGCGUUAUAUUUACAUAAGGUAUAACUAUAUGAUAAAGUUGUAAUUUUUAAGAAUGAUUAGCUGUGCUAAGAUUAAGGGCAUAUUUGCUGUAUAAUAUAAUAAAAGAGCUAUACAAUGAAAAUGGAAAUAUAAUGAAUAUAUGAACUA